AUGCUUGAAAGUACGACGACAAUUGAGACGCCCAGGGACGAUCAAGAAGAAGCGUAUUUAACUCAACGUCAAUCGACAAUGGACUCGGCAACACUUGAUAAGCUUAUGAAGGCUGAAAAAAACCUCACACAAGCAGGACAAGCGACAUCAAAUGUCUGGAAACUUAUUGGCAAAUUACCAAGUGACGAGAGCGAGUCUUCACCACCUCCAGCGCCAGCGUCAGCUGGACACGUAAAUCCGACAAGUGGUUCAUUAACCCAUCAAAAUUCUAGGUCAACAGUCAAUUAUUCGGCCUCUCAGAACAUUGUUACGAGUCCACGACGUCUCUCGAGGACGCCCACACGUCGAAAAAUCUCGACACAGGCUUCGGACGAUAUUUCCAGUGGUAGAUUGUUGUCUUCUGGAUCACAGAGUCCUUUAGAUGGAGGUAAUAAGGGAUGGACAGCAUCAGGUUCAUCAGGUUCAAGAGAGUUGAUGGUUGAUACGACGACGGAAAGUUCAACGAUGGAUGCAGCUAGAUCAAGUCCUCGGUAUAAUAUGGAGGUUCCACGCCCUGAAGUGGCUAUAGGAAGAAGCUCAUUAGGCAGUUAUACUGGUCAGACACAGAGCAACAGCUUGUAUGAACGAUCGUCACACUUUGGAACAUCCUGUAGUUCCCGUCCAGUUGAUACUAUGAGUGAUCAGCCAAAUUACUUGGUCGAGAAUGGACGUAGCCGAUCUACACAUAAUAGCAAUGUCUUUGGUUUCAACCGUGAUGCAGCGCCGUUAUCAGAAGUGACGCUGUUUACGUUCACUGUCAAAAAGAGUGACAGUGUGUUGGAGAAACUUGGCAGUAAGCGAGCGAGUAUUCAAUUACAGGUGGACGUGGAAGAGCGCAUGCUUUACUUCUUAUCGGCGCAUGACCAACGAGAAGAGUACAGCUGUGCUGCAGUGACGGCCAAGCCGCAGUCGAGACUUGGCAUGCAACUGAAGAUUCAGACGGGCAAUGCCAGUGUAAACAAGAAGAUUACAUUCUACAGCACGGAAGACCGUGCAAACUUUGUUCAGGCGCUGGAACAGGGAAAAGUCAUGUACACUAAGAAGACUGCGCCUGCAGUGCCGCCGUCUCGAGUACCUACGGAGGUUAUUGAUGAAACAGCAUCUACAGUAUCUGGUACUUUCGAACGCUCAAAGCUUCGUGAAUCGAUAGUGAGUGACCACUUCCGGCUGCAACCGGGCGAAUCAGUGCUGGAACACGUGCAACGUGUGACCAACUUGGUGGUGAUGUCACAAAGCGACCGAGCAGUGCAAGGUGUGCUGAAAAUAACAUCGUACCGUAUCACAUUCGUGCCAUACGAUGCAUCAUGGAAGUUUGGCUCGUUUGAACUUCCACUUGCAGCGAUUGACCUGAUCACGCGCGACGGUCUCAUGCUUCUCAUCACCUGCAAAGACUUGCGUACGUUGCGGCUUGCUAUGCACGACGCGUACUCGCGGAAGAAAGGAUACGACCAGUUGCCGUCCACACCGGACUUUCGGUGGCUUAAUUUGCUAACACUGCGCAUGAAACCCCCUAACAUGAUCGGUGCGCUUUUUGCUUUUGACUACCACACGGAAAAGGUGAAGCAACGAGGAGCCCCACUUCCUGAGAAGCAUAACGGUUGGUUCGUGUACUCCCCAUUUGCCGAGUACCAGCGCCUUGGUUUUCUGUCGGCUAAGAGACAUCUCGAAGAGGAGGGUGUGAUCACGUGGCGUCUUCUCAAAAAUUCCAAGUUCCGUUUUAGUCCCACAUACCCUCAACUUAUGGUGGUGCCGUCGCUUAUGUCGGAAGAGCAGCUAGUACAGUCAGCACGCUUCCGGUCUCGCGCACGCCUGCCUGUGGUUGUGUGGCGCCAUCCUGUGAACAAAAGCGUGCUAUCUCGCUCGAGCCAGCCUAAUUACGGCAUGGCAGGCAAUCGCUCUGAGCCUGACCGGAUACUUCUGCGCGCGUACCGUGACUCAGCCAAUAAGAAUAGUUCCAACAUGUCACCCCCUCUUCACAUCAUCGACGCGCGAAAGCCCAUCGCCACCAAGGGUAACCGGUUAAAGGGCAAAGGUGUUGAGAACUCACAGCAUUACGACAACGCGACCAUUGAGUUUAUGGGGAUCGCCAACAUUCACAAAAUGCGCGAGUCUUUAGAUGCGCUAAAGGCUUUGGUCAGCCCUAGUAGCGUUGAAGACGGUGACAAGCACUACCACAACCGCCUUGAGAACACUCGGUGGCUAAAGCACGUGAUGCGGGUGUUGUCGGGUGCCCGCAGGGUAGCAGAGGUGCUCCACGAAGAUGGCGCCUCGGUGCUGGUGCACUGUAGUGACGGCUGGGAUCGGACUCCGCAACUCGUGGCUCUAGCUCAACUUAUCCUAGACCCCUUCUAUCGAUCCCUCCGCGGUUUUGCGAGUCUUGUCGAAAAAGAGUGGUGUUCGUUUGGGCACAAGUUUGCGGACCGGAUUGGAGUGGGCAAGGACAUCACUGAUCAGCCGAACGAGCGGUCGCCGGUAAUGUUGCAGUUUCUGGAUUGUGUGUGGCAGAUGACGCGGCAGUUCCCGACGUGCUUUGAGUUUAACGAGAAUUUUUUGCUGCAUAUCUCGGACUCGCUGAUCUCCGGCUUGUAUGGCACAUUUUUGUACAACUCGGAGCGCGAGCGCGUGCUGGAUAAGGUAUGGGAGCGCACGGAGUCCGUGUGGACGCCUGUGUUGGAAAAUCCGGGACCUUACAAGAAUCCCUUGUAUCGACCAACAAAUCGUGUGCUAUACCCUCGGGCGAACUUGAAGCGUGUCGUGCUGUGGGACGGUAUGUUCUUCCGAUGGGACCCUGAGAGCCAUCCAGACUACAUGGAAUACAUGGACCUUGCGGAGAAGCAAGACGAUGAGGGUUCGACACAUGAUAUGGAUGAAACUGGCAGUUCUGGAGGCGCUAGUGAACUCGAGCCUCCAUCGGUAAUGCCUAUUGGGGGCGAUCUUGAAGACAAGGCAGAAUUGGAAAUUGAUGUUAUUCACGACUUUGACAAGUUCCGGGCAAAAUCGCUAUCGGACUGCUCGGACAUGAGUGACGACGACGACUUUGAGAUCUCGCCCAGUGUGAAGGCGCGAUACGAUGGCUCAUCGACAUUGACACCGGAUGAGCUGAACAUGACGACGCCAGCGACUAGCGAAGCCGACUCGGAGAGUUCUGCGUCCGCUGAGAACCGUCUCCCAGUGGACGAGGGUGUGUUGAACCGAUAUCAUUGUGGAGUCGAGGAGCGCACGCGCCAGCGCGCACAGGGGCGAAAUAUACGUGAAGCGUUGUUGUUGGCACCCGAUCAGAGUCGUAUCAAGUACUUGGAGCAGCUGCUCAGCGAGAGUGUCGCGCGUGAAUUGCAGCUUGAGGCAGAGCUGGAUUCGGUACUUCACUGUGGCCCGCGGGUCUCAAGCAUCGCCUCCACUGGUAAUGUCAAUGGCAUCGCCUCAAACGGCAGUAAUGAGAAUGGUUCUAUCCAUUCUUCAGCCGGUGGUCGCUAG